AAAUGGUGUCAUGCUGCAAUAACUGAAAUCUCCUGCCAGCUCCUAGGGACCAACUGCUAUGGGAACGGCUAACAUCCCACCUCAAAGAGACUGCAGUCCAAGUUGGAAGUCUUGUUCUGAAGAAAUUUCUGAGCCCAGGAAAGGGGCACAAUGCUUGCCCCCAGCUCUACUCUGACAUUGGAACAGGGUUGGCAAAAAACAGGGGCAAUGGAAAGCCUCCAGAACCUGAAGAAAUUUAAUAACCAGGACUUCAGCCACCUGCGAGCCUUGUGUCUGAGCCAAGGACUGCUUUUUGAGGAUGACACCUUCCCUGCUCAUGUCAAUUCCAUUGGUCCCAACCUGCUCCCAAAGGAUAAGCUGCAUCAAAUACAGUGGAAGAGGCCAACUGAACUUCAGAGAAAUCCUUAUUUGAUCAUGGAUGGAGUUAGCAGAUUUGAUAUAAUGCAAGGAGAAAUAGGUGACUGCUGGAUGCUGGCUGCCCUGGGCUCCCUGACGCUACAGAAGCAAUUUUUGGAAAAUGUUUUACCAAAGGACCAAGGUUUCCAGGACAAUUAUGCUGGGAUUUUUCAUUUCCGGUUCUGGCAAUAUGGAGACUGGGUGGAUGUAGUGAUAGAUGACCGGCUGCCAUUCUUAAAUGGAAGAUACCUGUCUGUACACCCUCGAACAUCAAAUGAAUUCUGGCCAUCCUUGUUGGAAAAAGCAUAUGCCAAGUUACGGGGCUCCUACCAGAACUUGCAUGGAGGCUACCUUUCUGAUGCUUUAGUAGACCUCACAGGUGGAGUCCAAGUGCAGUUUUCAUUGAAGGAUCCCCCUCCUGAUCUGGAGGAGAUACUGAAAGCAGCUGCCAAAUCUCAGUGUCUGAUGGGGUGUAGCACCUCAGGCCAGCUGAGGAGGAACAUAGAGCUGAAGAAUGGGAUUGUACAGGGUCAUGCCUACACCAUCACAGGAACUGUGAAGAUACCCUACAAGAAUGGCUGGAAACAUAUCAUCAGGAUCUGGAAUCCGUGGGGCCAUGGGGAGUGGAAGGGUCCCUGGAGUGAUGGCUCUCCUCAGUGGGACCGUGUUGAGCCUAAAUGCAGAGAAGACCUUCUCAGAAAUAAGGAUGAUGGAGAAUUCUGGAUGUCCUGUGAAAACUUCCAGGAGCAGUUUUCCUGGCUCUAUAUAUGUAACAGCACCCCAACGUUUCUGAACUUUGGAGAUCAGCACGGCACAACAUGGUCUGUGGACAGGCACAUCAGCCUGUGGAGUCCAGCCCUUGCCACAGGCAGGAACAACUAUUCCCCAGCAGGUGCAGUUUCAACGAACCCUCAGUAUUUUUUCAAAGUGCCAGAUUAUGACCCCAAAACCUAUAACGUAGUCAUUUCACUCAUGCAAAAACAUGCUGAGGACAUGCAGGAUGCAAAAAACCUGAAGAUUGGCUUUUUUAUCACCAUGAAGGAUUCCAAAGUUCUGAAACAAAUUUUUUCCCUGACUCGAGACGUGACCAGCUACUUUCUCUUGAGCCCAGGAACCUAUGCUGUCGUUCCUACUACAACAGAGGACCAAGAAUUUGAAUUUCUCUUACGUAUUUUCAUGAAGAAUCACGACUACAAUGAGACCUCAAAUGUCCCGCCCAGCCCAGAGCUGCCGAUGGAUGUGCCAAGACAGAACCAGGACAGGUCGUAUAAGGCUGUCUUCCUAAGAUACGCUGGGCAGGACUCAGCGAUUGAUGCCUCGCAGCUGCAACAACUCCUUAAUGAAGUGUUCCUGCAAGAUGAAAUGACCAGCCUGGGAGGAAGAUUCAGCUUUGAUUCAUGCAGAGGCAUUUUAGCUCUGAUGGAUCUCAACUCGAAUGGACAACUCACACUGCAGGAGUUCGGGAUCCUCUGGCGAAGUCUUACUAAAUACAUGGAUAUCUUCAUCAUGGAAGACAGAAAUCAUUCUGGAUUUCUUGAUGUGUCUGAAUUGAAGAGCGCGAUACAGACAGCAGGUCUGGCUGCCGACGAGCAGCUCCUGCGCCUGAUGGUCCUGCGGUACGGCGAUGCUGCCAGGAGAAUCGGCUUCACUGACUUCGUGUGCUGCAUGCUGCGCCUUGAAACCAUGACCUAUGCAUUUCAAAACUUAGCAGGAGGCAGAUCACAAAUUUUGGUGACAGCAAAGGAGUGGCUGACUCUUGUCAUGUACACCUAAAGAGAUGUCAGAGCUCAAUGUGGCUGGUGGCUUUUCUGCUCCCCAGUAUGACACAGCCCACGGCCAUCCCAUCCAAGAGCCAUCCAUGGGGCUCUUGAAAAAUCAAACACUGUGAAGGAGUGAAGCCAGGUUUCCUUCAGACAUUUGCUUACGCUUGAGGGUACUUGGAUGCCUGGCUAGAGAGUCGUUUGCAGGCAAACGGGAGUUGCUCUGGAGUGAGAAGAGGACGUAAUGAGAGAGAUCCAUGGGCAAGCUGGUAGUACCUAAUGGUCGGGGCAAGCUGGAAGUACCAAGUGCAACCUCCUCUCAUCUUCAUGUCAAUAAUACAUCUGGUGCUCCUGGUUAACGCACACAAGUCGGGAAUAGCUCCAUUAACUUCAUUGCAAGUACGAACAGAAUCAGGUCUUUUGUGUGGAAGGAGUGCCUAUCGCUUAGAUAUAACAGAAACAAUUAAGACACCAUUUUAUUUAAAUUAUUUCUUAAUUUGCUUGUGUGCCAUUUCUAAAUGCCAGAAAAAGGUUGAGGAUAUUAAUCAUAAUUCAUAAAUAACA